AUGCAGCUUUUAUAUGUCCCUCAAUAUUGUGAAUUACAGCAGAUCCUUCAGUGGCUCUUUAAGGUGGCACAUGAACAGGGAGGACAAUAUACUACUAGUCCUUCCAACAAGAAAACUGCUGAAGAUCAAGAUGAUAAACGCAGAGAGAUAAUUUUGUCUAAGCAUAGAAGAUCAAAAAGUAAGAAGUUUAAACCAUUUAUAUUUCUAUGCAAUAGAGAUGUUGCAAAGGCUUGCUUCUAUAGUACCAUCUAUUUGAGAAGAACCGGGAGCUCCCACAGAAGACAGCAUUGUGCCCAACCCAUGAAGAUGAAGAAAGAAGAUAUUGCUGGACGAUUAGUUGUUGGUCACAAGUCGGAUUUGGCUACUCAUACAGGGAACAAAGUUCAACCGCUAAUUGACGGGGCAUUAUCAUCCUCUACUGACAAAAAUGAUCAAUGUAGCACCAGUGGAAAGAAAGACAAGCAUAAAGGGGAUAAAACAAAAGCCAUGUCAAGAAUGAAGGAGUUGCUGAGGUGGGCUGCUGCCGCAAAAUCAGAGAAAGGAGGGAAGUCCAUUGGCAGAAAGGUUUUGCACUUCAGGAACCGUGGAGCUCUAAAAUCAGUGCCAGAUGAUGAUCAACUUAGCAAUGACUCUCCUAAGAUAAGUUUUAGAUGGGAUGUGGAGAGCUGCUCCACUACUUCCUCCGCCUUUUCAGGAAUUUCGGCGAUGUCUUCGUUGAAAAAUGAUCAAACCUGCAACAUCGUAUCAUUGAAUUCAACUCCUAUACAUGCAGUUGGCCUAAAUCGUUGCUCUAGCAGGAGAGGAAAUUGGAUAACUACAGACUCUGAAUUUGUGGUGCUGGAGCUAUGAGAUAGAUUAGGAGGGUCAAGGCUGAAGCUGAUGUUUUCAGGGUUGAAUCAGCUACUUGAUGUAAAAUAAAUAUAUCAGCAUAGCUUAAUUAGAUGAAGUAAUGCUCAUUUCUUGUUUCCUGAGAUAUAUUAGACAUUUCUUUGAAUGUAACAUUAGUGCUUAGGAUCUGAAAUGUAACACCAGAUUAUUGAAGAUGGCCUACAUAGCGACUUCAACUCAUUAUCUAUUAAUUUGCAUUAAAUAAGAGAAUGUCUGGUCUGUGGUGUAUG